AUGGAGCCAGAUUGGGCAAAUUUACAAGCACUACCUCUGAGUUUGGUUCUUGACAAGUUAGAAGAAAAAAUUGAUCAUCUAUGGUUUAGUGCUGUUUGCAAAAAUUGGCAAUUCAUUGCAAAGCUCAACCUUCAAAAUCAUCAAUUCAAGAUCAACACAAUACCCAUGCUCAUGGUACCAACAAAAUCAUUAUGCUUACAAGAUGCUUCUUUCACUAAGAAAAAUGGAUUGUUCGGAAUUCCAAACAAAAGAUUGUACCCUUUUCAAUUUCAACUCGGUCUUAUUAAGCCUAAACAUCGAUUUCGUGGUUCUAGCCAUGGUUGGGUUGCAUUGGUAGACGAUUUUAUGUCUAUCAUAACACUAAUGAAUCCUUUUAAAGAUAUACCUCACAUUAUUCUCCCACCCCUCUAUGAAGUUUACAAGGUUACUUUGUCUGCUGAUCCUAUAAAAGUCCAAAUGAUUAUGUAG